AUGGCAAGGAAGAGAAAAGUUAGUGAUGGAGUGGAAGACAGGAGUUCCAGUGAGGGAACCAUGGCUUGGGAUGAGAUGGUGAAGGAAGCUUCGGCUGCUGCAGAGCUAGGAGGAGCACGAAGAGCUCGAAAACGCUUUGUCGGUGUCCGCCAAAGACCCUCCGGAAGAUGGGUGGCUGAGAUUAAGGACACCAUUCAAAAGAUAAGAGUGUGGUUGGGAACAUUUGACACCGCUGAGGAAGCAGCCAGGGCCUAUGAUGAGGCUGCUUGCUUGCUCCGCGGUGCCAAUACUCGAACCAAUUUCUGGCCUUGCUCACAUUCACCAUCUUCAACACCAGCACUUCCCUCAAAGAUCACAAACCUUCUCCUGCAGAGGCUCAAAGCAAGAAACAAUAGCAGCUCUUGUUCUGCUCCUUCAGCUCCUUUGCCUAUCAACCACCAUCAAAUGCAGCAACAUGCUGAUCAUCAGGAAGAAGAAGCAGGAGCAGAUUUCUCAGAAACCCAAUACACUGAUUUCCUUAAUGAUCCUGAAGAUUACAUCACAAGCAACAAUCAUGACAUCAUUAGUGCAAGUAGCAUUGACUACAUGACAUCAAGCUUCGAAUCUUGCUUGACUGAGAAGGAAGAGUACUCUACUGCAAGAGAAACUGAUCAAAUGGACUAUGGCAAUUUGAGUGAAGUGGCACAGACUUACAGUGGCGGGGAUGCAAAUUUUGUCGGUGAAGGAUCACAGGAAGAUAUGGAUCAAGAAGAAGAAGAAGAGGUCAAUGAUCAAGUUGGUGCGAUUGAUUUCCAGUUUGUGGAUGAUAUUGGAGCAUCCAACUACUACUCUCCAUCUCCUUUUGACAUUGCUGAUGAGGAGAUAGAGGAGCCAGUGGAGCCAGAGACCUAUGCAGAUGAGCCUUCAAUGCUAAGAGCAGCCAUGAAGAGAAUGAAAUAUGAAAGAAAGUUCUCUGCUUCUCUCUAUGCCUUCAAUGGCAUACCUGAGUGCUUAAAGUUAAAGAUUGGAUCUUCAUCAUCAUCAUCAUCAGCAGGAAAUGCCAAAGGGAGAGGCAUAUCUGAGUCCUUAAACAACCUUCAGAGAGCCUGUAACAAGAACAAAGAGGAAGCUGCUGCUGCUGCUGCAAAACAAGAAUAUCAGGAGGUGGUGAUGGGGAAGAAAGAAGAGGAAGAAACCCAACAGAGUUCAAUGGAUAUUUCUCUGAGUAGUGAUGGUGAAUUGUCACUCUGGAGCUCACUUGAUCUGCAACCCAUCUGCUUUUUGUCAACUAAUUGAUGAAAAAGAGAGCCUUUUUAGUUUUUUACUUUUAACAAAUUCAUCCUCUAAUUAGUUCCAGAUCAUCUGGAAUUCACCAUUAUUCCAUUCUUUGCAAUAUUGCUGAUCUCCUAAUGUAUGUCAAAGAAAUAGUGAAUUGUAAUUUGAGCUUUCGGUUGAAAGAAA